UAUUCAAAAUGGCCGCGUAAAGAUUGGUAGAUGCAUCAUAGCCUUGUGCAAGAACUUUUAUUUGCAUGAUGUCGACAAAAACAGCACCAGCGUGUCAGCUGCGGCUGGAGUGGGUCUAUGGAUAUAGAGGACACCAGUGCAGGAACAACCUAUUUUACAACACCAGCAAGGAUGUCAUUUAUUUUGUCGCCGGCAUCGGGAUUGUUUAUAACGACCGAAAUCAUAAACAGCGCUUUUAUCUCGGCCAUGAUGAUGACAUCUUGUGCCUCAAUCUUCAUCCUGAUAGAUCUAUGGUGGCCACAGGUCAGACAGGGAAGAACCCGUUCAUUUGUGUAUGGGACUCCAGCACGAUGGACACUGUGUCCAUACUGAAAGAUGGACACCAAAAUGGAGUGGCAGCAGUAGCAUUUGAUAGGGAGGGAACACGUCUGGUAUCCGUUGGACUUGAUCAGCAGUCAACUAUCAAUGUCUGGGACUGGAAAAGAGGGAAAAUAUUGGCUACAGUCCGUGGUCACACUGACAGGGUUUUUGAUGUACAAUUCCAUCCCUUCAAAGAAAACACAGUUGUAAGUUGUGGCGUCAAACACAUCAAGUUCUGGACACUUUGUGGAAAUUCAUUGACCUCCAGAAAGGGUGUGUUUGGCAAAGCUGGCGAAAUCCAGACAAUCAUGUGUCUGGCCUUCAGCUGCAGUGACAACACAACAUACUCUGGCACGAUGAGCGGAGACAUUUAUAUCUGGAAAGAAAACAAUCUGGACAGAGUCAUACAAGAGGCUCACAAGGGUGCUAUAUACUCUCUUGACCAUGCCGAUGAGGGAUUUGCAACAGGUGGCAAGGAUGGCUGUGUACGACUGUGGGACUCUGACUUCAAACCUAUAACUACGGUCAAUCUGGUCAAUACUCACUUAGGGUACAAAGGUUUAUGUGUGCGGAGUGUGUGCUGGAGGGGAGAGCGUGUUUUGUGCGGGACACAGGACAGUGAGAUAUUUGAGGUGCUGGUCCGCGAACGAGACAAGCCCCAAUGCCUUGUACAGGGCCAUGCUGAAGGGGAGCUCUGGGCACUGGCAGUUCAUCCACGCAAACCUUUAUUUGCCACAGGAAGUGAUGAUCAGACACUCAGGUUAUGGAAUAUGAAUAACUUUGAAAUUCUUUCCAAGACGUCAGUAGAUCAGAAGAUUAGAUCUUGUGCCUUUGAUAAUGAGGGAAAUCACAUAGCUGUUGGGCUCAUGGACGGCUCAUUUUUGGUAUUGAAGGUUGGAGAUUUUGCUGAAGUUGUACACAUCAAAGAUAGAAAGGAGGUGAUUCAUGAAAUGAAAUUCUCACCUUGUGGUAAAUUCUUGGCUGUUGCGUCCAACGACAACUUUGUAGACAUAUACUCGGUGGAGCAGCGGUACAAACAGGUGGGAAUGUGUAAAGGCAGCUCUAGCUUCAUCACACACAUUGACUGGUCAGAGGACAGCAAGUUUCUCCAGACAAACAGCGGGGCGGCUGAAAGACUCUUCUAUAAAAUGCCAGUUGGAAAACAGGUUACCAACAGAGAGGAAAUUGUCAACAUCAGGUGGCAUACAUUUACGGGAGUUCUGGGGUCAGAGGUCAAUGGUAUCUGGGAGAAAUACACGGACACCAACGAUGUCAAUGCCGUGGAUGCUAACUUCGCAGCAGAGACCGUUGUCACUGGUGAUGACUUUGGUCUUGUGAAGUUAUUCAAAUUUCCUUGUCUGCAGAAAGGUGCUAAAUUCAGGAAAUAUAUUGGCCACUCUGCUCACGUGACCAAUGUGCGGUUCUCACAUGACAAGAAUCGAGUGAUAACUACUGGAGGAGCGGACCACAGUGUGUUCCAGUGGCGUUUUAUUGGCAGUGAUGGUACUGCAGCUCAGGGAUUGGUGGAUCCACAGAGUGGAUACAUGGAUUCCAACAGUGAGGCGAGUGAUUCUGACCUGUCUGACAUUGGUGAGGUCGACUCUGACCUUGAGCAGGAGAAACAGAUAAGAUAUGACCGUGCUGUUUACAAAGAGGAUGCAAAAACUCUCCGAAAAAUGAUCAAAUCUGAAAUGGGCAGUGGUCAGAAACGCAAGAAAGGACCGGAUGUAGGACUUCAGCUUGAAUAUAUCCAUGGGUACCGCGGCUAUGACUGCAGGAAUAACCUGUUCUACACACAGAAUGGUGAGGUAGUUUACCAUGUGGCUGCUGCCGGUAUUGUCCAUAACAGAGAGAACAACACCCAGAGGUUUUAUACGGAACACACUGAUGACAUCCUUUGUCUGUGUAUACACCCACUCAAAGACUUGGUUGCUACUGGUCAGGUGGGUCGAGAUCCGGAGGUCCAUAUUUGGGAUACAGACACACUCAAAACAGUGUCUGUGCUGAAGGGCCAACAUCAGCGAGGAGUGUGUGCUGUAGAUUUCUCGGGUGAUGGCAAAAGGCUGGCGUCCAUUGGACUGGACGAUAACCACUGUAUCGUGGUAUGGGACUGGAGGAAAGGAGAGAAACUGGCCACCACCAGGGGCCACAAGGACAAGAUAUUUGUGAUAAAGUGGAAUCCGUUUGAGACAAACAAGCUCAUCACUGUUGGUGUAAAACACAUUAAGUUCUGGACACAGACUGGUGGAGGUUUUACGUCAAGUCGAGGGACUUUUGGGAAUGUAGCCAAGCUGUGUGAUAUGCUUUGUAUAACGUUUGGUAAGGCAGUCGAUUUGUUCUACUCCGGUGGCAGUGAUGGUAAUGUGUUUGUAUGGCAGGAUACCAAACUACAGCGCACAGUGAAGGCACACGAAGGUCCUGUGUUCGCCAUGCAUUCCCUCGACAAGGGCUUUGUGACAGGAGGAAAGGAUGGUGUGGUGGGAUUGUGGGAUGACCAGUUUGAGCGAUGUUUGAAGACUUAUUCCAUCAAGCAAGCUUCCAUAGCCCAGAGCUCCAGGGGAAUGUUGAUAACCGAGUCUCCAGCCAUCAGAGCGAUAGUUUUGGGACACGGAAAGAUCCUCCUAGGGACACGUAAUGGAGAAGUGCUGGAGGUCGACAAGUCUGGUCCAAUGACAUUACUGACACAGGGCCAUAUGGAGGGAGAACUAUGGGGCCUGGUCGUUCACCCGCGGAAGAAGAUAUGUGCAACAGUCAGUGAUGACAAGACUCUCCGUAUCUGGGACCUAACUGAUCAUAAAAUGAUCAACCACAAACAACUCAAGCAGGCAGGCCGAUGUGUUGACUUCUCCCAUGAUGGCAAAUUUCUGGCUGUGGGCCUUAAAGAUGGAAGUUUUGUGGUCAUUAACUCCGACACAAUGGAUGAUGUUUUAACAUUCCACCACAGAAAAGAAGAAAUUUCGGACAUCAAAUUCUCCCCAGACCCUGUAAAGUACUUAGCUGUGGCCUCCCAUGACAACUUUGUGGAUAUCUACAAUGUGCUGAAUCAAAAGAGGGUUGGAACUUGUAAAGGGGCUUCCAGUUACAUCACUCACAUAGACUGGGAUCGCAAAGGGAAAGUCCUCAUGGUAAACAGUGGUGCAAAAGAGCAACUGUUUUAUGAGGCCCCUCGGGGGAAACGUGUCACUCUACGACAUGCUGAAAUAGAGAAAUUUGAUUGGAUGACAUGGACGUCGGUUUUGGGUCACACGACAGAGGGGGUGUGGCCACCCAAGAGUGAUGUCACCGAUGUAAACGCUGUCUGUGUAAGCAGUGACAAAAGUGUUAUUGCUACAGCGGACGACUUCGGAUUUGUGAAACUCUUCCAGUAUCCAGUGAAGGAGAAGUUUGCAAAGUACAAGAAGUAUGUUGGUCACAGUGCCCAUGUGACAAAUGUACGAUUUACUUCUGAUGAUAACUUGUUGGUGUCAACUGGCGGGGCCGACACUGCCAUCAUGGUGUGGCGCUAUGGUAAUCCAUCAGAGGGGCCGGUCACCACAUGUGGAGAUAGUGAUGACUCUGACACGGACUCCGAGGAAGAGGGCGGUUAUGACAGUGACGUGGAGCGGGAAAAGAACCUGGACUACGCCAGUAAGAGUUACACAAAUCCCAUCCGAGAGAGAAAGGGAGUAAAACCACAUCUACAAGAUGGAGCUGGGGUACAGACAAAACCUGGUUUCCAGCGAAAGCCUCCAAAACCUCCCAAAGUUCAAAGGUCAGAGGCUCCAUCUGCAGGUUCAAAGAGGAAAAAAACAACACAAGUAACCGAUCUACAGUUAGACUACGUGUUUGGUUAUCGUGGGUUUGAUUCUCGUAACAACCUGCAUUAUUUAAAUGAGGGAGCUGACAUAAUCUUCCACACAGCUGGGGCAGGCAUAGUCCAAAACCUGUCUUCAGGUCAACAAAGCUUUUAUCUAGAACACACCGAUGACAUCAUUUGUCUGGCUGUAAAUCAACAUCCUAAGUUUAAAGGUUUGAUCGCAUCUGGACAGAUUGGAAUCGUCCCCUCUGUUCAUGUGUGGGAUGCUUCUACCAAGGAGACGAAGUCAAUACUAAAAGGUGGUCAUACCAAGGGUGUUUGUGCUGUGGACUUCUCCUGCUCAGGAAAAUAUGUAUUGUCAGUCGGACUGGAGGAUGACCACAAUGUGAUUGUGUGGAGAUGGCAGGAAGGGUCAAAGGUCGGAGCAGCAGCCGGACAUAACCAGAGAAUUUUCCAAGCAGAGUUCCGACCGGACUCUGAUAGUCAGUUUGUAACUGUUGGAGUGAAGCAUGUCAAGUUCUGGACAGUAGCAGGCAGUGAGUUGAGAGGUAAAAGAGGCAUAUUGACCACAGCAGGGAUGGACCCAGGCACCACAGUCAAGAUGCAGACCAUGCUAUCAUUAGCCUUUGGAGCGAAUAAUUUGACGUACACUGGUGCCAUGAGUGGGGAUGUGUAUGUAUGGAAGGACACCACACUUGUCAGACUGGUACAGAAAGCUCACAGUGGCCCUGUCUUCACCAUGUUUACAACUCUCAGGGACGGCCUCAUUGUUACUGGUGGCAAGGAACCAGCUUCCCGAGAAAGUGGUCCAGUGAAGCUGUGGGACCAGGAGAUGAAGAGAUGCCGUGCCUUCACAGUACAGGAAGGCAAUUUGAAGCCCUCAGUUGUCAAGUCAGUGUGCCGAACAAAGGGUAAAAUCCUGGUCGGGACGAGGGGUAACACUGUGGUUGAGGUAGCAGAGAAGAGUGGGACGACAUCAGUGUUAGUAGGGGGUCAUGCUGAGGGAGAGGUUUGGGGCCUCGAUGUUCACCCCACCAAUCCCUGUUUUAUCACCGCCAGCUUCGAUGGCACAGUCAGGUACUGGGACCUGGCUAAAAAGACUACUGUGGCAAGACUGGACAUCGGCGCAGCCAGGUCAGCAGCUUUCAGUGUGGACGGUGAGAUGUUAGCUGUGGGUCUGAAAAAUGGAGAGUUUGUGGUGCUGUUGACUAACGGUUUGAAGCUUUGGGGAAAACGAAGGGAUAGAGCUGGUGCCAUCAAUGACAUCAGGUUCAGUCCUGAUGGGAAAAUUCUUGCUGUCGGAUCAGAGGAUUGCUGUGUGGAUUUCUAUGACCUCAGUAAAGGGCAGUCACUCCAGCGAGCAGGCUACUGCAAAGGUAUACCUACCUUUGUCAUCCAGAUGGACUUCUCAGCUGACAGCCAGUAUAUCAGGGUAAGCACUGGAGCGUACAUCCAUCAGAUAUUCAAAGUACCCAGCGGAGUGUUGGUCAAGGAUGAGAAGAUCACAGACAACAUCACAUGGGCGUCAUGGACAAGUACCCUGGGACAUGAAGUACUCGGUAUCUGGCCCAAGGAUUCCAGUGGAGGUGACAUUAACUGUACCCACCUCUCUCACCUUGGUAAUGCCUUGGCAACUGGUGAUGACUUUGGAUUUGUCAAAUUAUUUGAGUUCCCCUGCUCAGAUAAACAGGUGCAGCAUAAGUCGUUUGUAGGCCACUCUGCCCAUGUUACCAAUGUAAGAUUUACAUAUGAUGACAAAUAUCUCAUCAGUACAGGUGGAGAUGAUUGCAGCGUUUUUGUGUGGAAAUGCCUUUAAUUGUGUUUCCCGGAUACCAAGCUACCUGCCUGGUAACCAUGGAUACCAGCCUUCAGCAGCAGACUGCCAGGAUCAUUGUGUUUAAAUAUGAGGAAAAUUUGGUUUCAACUGGUUAUUAUCUCCCAUUGAAACUGUUUAAAACAGACAGGAUGUCCUUGUACCGUAAACAUGAAAGAGAGUGCCUUUUGUCAUCUCAUUCUACACAAACAGUUUCGGUCAGGAACUUUUUAGACACUGCUAGGUGUGGCACCUCCAGCCACUGAAGUAUAGAAUAUUUGUGCCUCUAAUUUAAUUUCCGUCCAAAUAACAUCGUCACAGCUAACUCUGUCUAAACCAGACUCAGUAGGAACUACACAAUUUGCUUACGGUAGAGUCUUCUUGUUAUGUAUGAUAUAUUUGGAACCAAAGUCUUUGGUCAGAUUGGAAGGGUCUGGUUAAUUAGGCUGUGUGUACUGUACAAUAUACAUGCAAUGUAAAUUUUUGCAAUUUUUUGCCUUUUUAUAAAAAUCUGAAAAUAGUGAUACAUUAAGAUUAUUGUUUGAGAGAUAAUGUAUAUAUGACAUGCAGAUUUAAUUAUAUCCAUCUUUUUGAGAUUUUUAGCUUACACAGCUGCUGUAUUUUCUUACAUACAUAUACAAUUAUUAUAUCAGUAUGAUAUAUAUAUGGCUGUGUUACUGUCAUCUGACUGUGUAAUCAUGUAGGUACAAUUUAUAUAUUAUUUUGACUGUUAUCUGACGGUGUUAGCAUGUAGGUAAAAUUUAUAUAUUAUUUUGAUUAUUUUGCCAGCAUUGUUGUUAUCAUUUUAUUGUUAUUGUUUACAUCAGUAUAUAAAUAUAGAACAUGUACUUUAAUUGGAAGGAUCGUUUACUCUCCUGGUCGUACAGACUAAGGUUAGCUUAGGUUAUUAUAUGGCCAUAGUGUCUGUCCAUUCAUCAAGAAUUUCUCAAAUUAACCUCUCAAAUAGUGAAUGGAACUUCAGAAAAUCUGGAAAUUUGACUGAAGCCAUCUUUUAUAGGUGAUGGGGAUUUGCAUGAUGAUAGGGGACAUUUUUUAUUCAUUUCAGCGGUCAACCUGAUUGUUCUUGGAGUUUCAAAAUCAUUCAAAUGGAGGAACUAUAUUCCUUGGGUCAUAAUAUUAAUAUAGAAACACCUGACAUUCCUCCCAGAAUUUGAACAUGCAAAAAGUGAAGAUCUCCACUUCAAACAAAACCAUGCAUAUACUACCAGGGGUAUAAACAAUUAAAUUACCGGGCAUAAGAGAUGAACACAACCAUGUCAUCAAUAUUGGCCCAAAAUUGUCUAAGGAUCAUACAUAGUGUACCAGGUGGAAAACAUUGAGAUCCCAAUCAUAUAUACAUAUCUAAACAUGUACUGCAAAAUCUCUUUUUUACAAGAUAUGUGGAACUUAAAUACAGAAAAAUAAAGGUAUUUUGCCAUGAUUGGUGAAAUAUCCAGGCAAAUAAAGCUGGUCCUAUAUCUGGGCCUGCUUUGCUUGAAAUGUUUUACAAAUAGCUUUCCUCGUGCACUUUAUUUGUGAUGGCAAGCAUGUGUCAAUAAUUUGACCAAACUAGUAUAUGUAUAUGGAGUAAAUUUAAUUCCAAAAAAUAUGUUUGAAGAGAUCUGAGCCAUACAGGCCCUUUUGGCCACUUAUUUUAUAUAAGUUUAUACACAUUCCUAUGUGAGGAACUUUUCCAUGUGUCGGUGUAUACAGGUAUACACUUCUCUGAUGUUUAUUGUAUUUUGAUCACUUUAUGUGAAACGUCCAUUAAUUUGUAUUGAUCUACUUUAUGUGAAACGUCCAUUAAUUUGUAUUGAUCUAUUAUCACAAUCUAUUUGUACAUGACUAUUGUGUGGAUUGUGAUGAUCCAGACAACUGAGAUUCAUUUAUAACAUUUUACUUAUACAUGUAGAUCAUUGUGUCAUCAUCGGAAGAAUCAUUUUAUUGGCAGCAUCGGGUUAAUAAUGGGAAGAUAGUUCAACUGAUGAUGACUGUAGAUAUUUUAAAUCUUUAUACUUACACAUUUUACAUAAUACACCCUAGUUAGGCUUUAGGUUAGUAGGACAAUAUUGUAAUAUCAUUAUGCCAUAUAGGUGUACAUCUAUUAAUUCAGCCACUGGAUGGGUAUAAUUAGCUGGUAGGUAUAAUAUAGGAUUCGGGUAGGUAUGUUGUAAUAAAUUAUGCCGCUAGGUGUAAUAUAAUGACUUAGAAGGCAUGUUGUAAUAAAUCAGUCUACCACUAGGUAUAUCAAUAAAUGAUUAUGCUACAUGUAGUAGUUUAAAAUAGAUUAUAGAUUUAGCCUGUUGUAUCAUGUUUUUCAUGCCUUGUUGUGAAAACAGUUUUUCCAUCAUAAGCACAUGCAAUAAAUCUCAAGAUUUUAACUUGUAUUAGUGAUGAGAAAAUUGUUCAAAUGCCAAACCAUGUAAAACAUUAUUAAAUUUUGAUCAUCUGUAUUUGUGUGCAUAUAAUGUACUAACUUUAUAACUAACCAACCACUGCCAUCAAACUAGGUAUCUUCAUUUUUUUUUUUUUUUUUUAAUGUCCUCAUAGUUUUUAAUAACUACCAAUGAACAAAACUGUUCAGCACUUCCUUUAGCAUGCCUGUUAUAUGUUGAGCUUACUGCCCAACAUGAGGUAUGCAAUGUGUUUUGAUGUCUGGUUGUCUGGUUGGUGUAUAAAAGGUAUACAGAUGAUAAUGUAGGCAGGACUUCGUAGUACUCUGUAAAUGUAUUGGAAUAUCUUGGUAUUAAUCGGUAUAUAGAUAAUAUAGGUAAUAGACAUUGUACCUAUUGUAGGUGAUGUAUACUGGAGUAAAUACUUCACAGUCACAAUUACUUCCUGUUUAUAUCAACCUCCUUGUUUUGCUAAUCUUAAAUUAUCUCCUGCGUUUUGUUAUACCAAAAAAUGGCCCAGAAAGGCCUCCAUCAUUGUCUUUAGACUGAUAAAGUAAUUUUGUACAUUCUGUCAUUCUGAUGUAUAGAAUUUUGAUGAUAGUUAUAAGGUCUCUGAUUCUAUCACACAAAAUGGCUGCCAUUUCAUACCUCAACUACUGUUUAAAUGAUCGUUUGGAGAUUUUUAUCAGCAGGAAGUGUGAAGAGAAAUGGGACAAAUAUACCAUUUAUCAUAAUUUUAAAUACUAUGGUUCAGUACCUUCUACAAACCGUGGUUCAGUAUGAGGAUAUACUGGUAUACCAGUGUGAAUGACGUUUAUGUAUUAAAAUCAAUACUUCAGUAUAUAACUGUUAGUCAAUAAAUUAAUUUAUAAUGAA